CGGCCGGCAGCGCUCCCAUGGAGGUAACCACGGUGCUGAUCACAGGCUGCUCCUCGGGCAUCGGCCUGGGGCUGGCCGCGCGGCUGGCAGCCGACAGUGCUCGCAGGUUCAAAGGUAAAGAGGGCAUCCUCCGGGGGGCAUGAAGGCACCCCCGGGGUGGGCUGGGCCGGGCAGCGCCCUGCAAAGACAGCAGCUCCCUGGGCUGGGGCUGGCAGCAGUGGAGCAGCUGGGUGGCACCGCUGCCCGCGGCUGCGCUCUCUCCGCAGUGUUUGCCACCAUGCGCGACUUGGCCAAGGCCCAGCAGCUGCUGCAGCGCUUCGGGGGCUGCUGCCCUGGCACCCUGGAGCUGCUGCAGCUCGAUGUCACCGACUCAAGCUCGCUGGCAGCUGCGGUGCAGCGGCUGCAGGGGCAGCAGCUGGACGUGCUGGUCUGUAACGCGGGGGUGGGACUGAUGGGUCCCCUGGAGACCUGCUCUGACCAGGCCAUGAAGAACAUCUUUGACGUGAACCUCUUCGGGGCCAUCCGCACCAUCCGCGCGUUCCUGCCCGCCAUGAAGCGCCGCAGGGCUGGGCGGAUCAUCGUCUCCAGCAGCAUUGGGGGGCUGCAAGGGCUGCCCUUCAACGCCGUGUACUGCGCCAGCAAGUUUGCCCUGGAGGGGCUGUGUGAGAGCCUGGCCAUCGUCCUGCGCCCCUUCAACAUCCACCUGACGCUGGUGGAGUGCGGACCUGUCAAGAGCAGCUUCAUGGCCAACCUGCAGUGCCCGCACCCCGAGGGCAGCGAGCUGCGGGACCUGGACGCCGGCACACGGAGCCUCUACCGCCGAUUCCUGCAGCACUGCCAAGGGCUCUUCCGCGACGCGGCCCAGGAGGUGGACGAAGUGUUGCAGGUGUACCUGGAGGCUAUCGGCAGCCCCUGCCCGCCCCUGCGCUGUGGCACCACGCAGCUGCUGGCUCCGCUGCGGCGCCUGAGGCUGGGCAGCCCAGACGGCUCCGCGUACGUGCGAGCCAUGCACGACUUCGUGUUCGGACACGGCGAGGAGCAGCCCUGAGCGGAGCCCCUGGGGGCCCCCGGCCCCGCCGUGCCGGGGUGUCCCGGGGCCACCGUGUCACCA